AUGAGAAUUUUACUUGGUUUUGUUAUUCUUAUUGCUGCCAUUGUAACUAGUGUUUUAUUCGCGGGAGUUUCAAUUGCCCAGAGUAACGAAUGUACACAAGGAACUGCCUGUCAGCCGUGGAAUGCAAGUAAGCGUUGUGCCAUUGGCCAACGAAUGGAUCUUCGUUAUGGUGUACAACUUUCUGGUGGUGGCAGUAUGUUAGCGUUUGGUUUUUGUCCAUUAGUGGAUGAGUUGCAGGCAUUCAAUCUUAGUGGUGUUGGGACCCUGUUAUCCAGUAUUCAGGGUAGUGGGAAUGCCUCUUUAAUUGUAUAUGGACAAGGUGCCAUGUCAGCACCCACAACAGAUUUUUCUAAUGCCAUUCUCUAUGCUGAGGUAUCAGAUAAAUGCAAGACAGAUGAGUUGGCUGUUGUUAGUUUUCUUUUACUUCGUCUACCAAUGACAGAAGGUCACUACACUUAUGCAAGCAAUACAUCUUAUCCUGAAAGUGCUGGUUUUGAAUCCACAUGUAGUGAAAAUGGUCAGUGCCCUUAUUCUGAAGGUAGUGUAUGUAUUGGGCCUAGUAAUAAUACGAACUGUGCCAAGUGUUAUAAAAGAAAUACAUUGACAACUGUUCAAACAACUAUUUGGGCUUCCUAUUACGGAACAGAUAGUGGUAAUAAGAUAUUUAAGAGUGGAGAAUCUAAUCCUGCUCAUUUCCGGAAGUUUAGUAUCGGAGUCUUGGAGACAAUGUCAAGAAUAUUUGAUCGAUAG